CGCCAUAAGACCCUAUGGUCCCGUUGAGUUCCCCCUCCCGUUCCCGCGGUGGGAAAUCGGCAGCGGGACCCUCCGAGCACGCCUCGCUACACCCCAACCCCGAAUCGGGGUGCGGUGUACCGCUGAGCCGGCGCCGGGGGGACCCGAAGGAGGGGACGGCCCUUUGUGCCCUCCCGUGGCUGUAGGGUCCGUGAGUGCGCCCAGCUCCAGGGGUCCUUGCCCGCGUCCCACCCAUCCCCAAAGGAGCGCUGGGCGGCUCCGCGUGUGCGGGGCGUGUGCGGACCGGGCGUGCCCGGGCGGGGACACGCGUGGGUGUGGGUGUGCGGGGCCGUGGGCCGCUCUGCGCCCGCAGCAAGGUGCGUAACUGGGGGUCGGCCGGCUGGGAAGGGGUCGUGCGCCGCGGUGGUCCCAGCGUUCGGGGGUCGUGCGCCCGUUGGGGCGGUUGCUGGGGGCGGCUCCGUGCGGUGCCCGCGGGGCCGGGCCGUGCCCGCAGCCCCUCCCUGCUGCUCGCCCGCCGCGGCCGGGCCCUUUUAAGGAGCUCCACCCCGGGCCGAGCCAGGGUGGAGCCGUGAGGCUAUUCGCACCUCCCGCGCGGCACGGCACGGCACGGCACGGAGCGGCGCGGCGCGGCGCGGCGCGGGCCGGGAGCAUGAUCCUGCCCGCCGAGGGGAUGAGCGCCGCGCAUUCGCGGAGGAGCCCCCCCCGCGGAGCCUGGCGGUUUUGGCAGGCGGGAGGCUCGGGGCGGGGCAAAGCGGCCCCCAGGAUGAGCUCGUCCUCGCUGCUGGCCGAGGCGCCGCUGGAGCCCCCCGUGCUGCUGACCGACAUCAAGACGGAGCCCCCCGAGGAGCUGCUGGCCUCCGACUGCAGCCAGCCCCAGGCUGAGCCCGUCGACCUCUCCCUCAACAAGUCCAAGGCCCCCCCGCCGCCGCCCCCCGUGCAGUCCUCGCCCCUGCUGGUGGCCCCCCCGGUCCCCGCGCCCACCAUCUCCAUCGCGUCCUCGGGGCUCGGCACCACCUCAGCCAUCCCGGCCGUGCUGUCGCCCGGCUCCAUCCUGGCAUCGUCGCAGGGCAGCGGCGGGCAGCAGAUCCUGCACGUCAUCCACACCAUCCCUUCCGUCAACCUGCCCAGCAAGAUGGGCAACCUGCAGACCAUCCCCGUGGUCGUGCAGUCGCUGCCCGUCGUCUACACCACCAUGCCGACCGAUGGCGUCACCGCCAUCACCGUCCCGCUCAUCGGGGGCGACGGCAAGAACACCGGCUCCGUGAAAAUGGACCCGGGCGCCAUGUACCCCAUGGACAUGCCGAGUGACAGCGAGGACAGCGCCUCGGAGAGCGGCCCUGCGCCCUUCCAGGACCUGCAGCGAGAGUCCGCCACGCCGCGCCUGCCCCGCGCCGACUCCCCCGACCUGAAGAAGCGGCGGAUCCACCAGUGUGACUUUGAGGGCUGCAACAAGGUGUACACCAAGAGCUCUCAUCUCAAGGCCCACCGGCGGAUACACACGGGCGAGAAGCCCUACAAGUGCACCUGGGAGGGCUGCACCUGGAAGUUCGCCCGUUCCGAUGAGCUGACCCGGCAUUUCCGCAAGCACACGGGCAUCAAGCCCUUCCGCUGCUCGGACUGCGACCGCAGCUUCUCCCGUUCCGACCACCUGGCCCUGCACCGCCGGCGACACAUCAUGAUGUGAGGAGCCCAGCACGGGGAGCGGGGAGACGGAGGCAGCCUCGCUCCCUGCGUGCGGCUGAGGGACUGCGGGGCUGGCGGCGAGCGAGCCCUGCACCGGUGCGGGAUGGUCUCCGGGACGUGCUCCUCUUCUUCUGGACCUCUCCUCCCCGCUGGCAACGCCCGGAGGCUCCUCUCGCCGCGAUCUCCCGGCCUCCCCCCUGGCCCUGCGCGCUCACCUUCCCACGGGCGGUGCGGACGCAGCCACAGCCGAGGUGGGGAGACGUCCAGCCUUGUGUCUGCCUCCUUCCAGCCCACCUGCAUUGCCUCGUCCCGUGCCGAGGGACGGGGAGAAAGGAAAAACAAAAGGGGGAGGACAGAAAGAACCCUGACCCACCCAUAAGAGCACCGCCGCCAGGAAAAGGGAAACUUUGCGGAACGUGGAACUGUGAUUUUAUGGAGUUCUAAGGGGGGUGGGGGGUGGGGGGGAUCACGCCGGCUUUCAGUUUUCGGAGACUAUGGGACAGUUGAACCAUUUAUAAGUUAAAAAGGCAUCAGCCUCCCUACGGACUGUGGCCACGCACUUUUCUUUGUAAUUGUAAUUGUUGUUUUUGUGGGGUUGGCCCGGCUCCUGUGCUGAGAGGGCAGCGGGGUGUGGGGCUGUGGGGGGGGGGGGGUGAGCGAGGGGACUGUGACCCUCAGGGCCGCUUGAAGGGAGGAGCUUCAAAAAGUUGCUCUAAAGCUUCGGGAGGAGGCAGAGCCCUUCGCUCCAUGGCUCUCUUGGGGGCUUUUCCUCUCUGUGUAUGUGUGUCUGUGUGUCCCCAUCACAUUCCCUAUCCCAGAGCAGCAUUCCCCAUCUGAUCUGAAUGCUUGGUGGUGGGGGACAGCCCUACAUCCUUCCCUGCAGCCUUGGGGAGACCCAUGCAGCCCUGGAUCAGGAGCUAAGGACAGUGCUUGGGGGCCAGCACCACUGAUGGCCCACAGCAAAGGUCUGCCCUGCAAAUCUGCCCAGGACAGCUGGGAUGGCGGUGGAACCCUUUGGGGUGAAGGAGUGGGGACUUUUUUUUUUUUUUUUUUAAACCAUGGGAUUUAAAACUCCUGAGCUGUGAUAUUUGUAUGAAACCAUUUGACGUUUUUCUACAGGGGAAUAACAUUGGAAGCAGAGGAGCCUGGUGGUGUGUGUCUGUGCUGCAGCAACGGCAGACUGAGCACUGGGGAUGAGCAUGGUUGGGCUUCACCAUCUCCUUUGCAGGGUUUCCAAGUUCCUCCUCUGAGGUUUUAUUGAAAAGCAAGCGGUCUAAAAAAAGGAAAAAACUAAAAAAACCUAAAUUGGGUGCUUUAGCUGCAACCCGUCUUGGCUUAGGUGCACCAAGAGGAGAGCUGAUAUGUGGAGGGGAAAUUGACUGCACCAAUGAUGGAGACAUGAAGGAUGCAACAUGCACAUCCCCACACUGCCUGUCCCAGCUGCCCAUCACGGCUCCGUCAUUUCCCACUGCAGGCUGGGCAUGGCCUUGUGCUUGAGGAGGGUGCCUGGAUCCUGCUGGGCUCCCACCUCCUCCCUUAAUAUCCCGUCUCUGUCAGCCCCAUCCCCUGUCCCCUCAGGGCACUAAUCACCUUUAAUUGCUCUGAGCAUCCUCACUCCACCAACCCUCCUGAGCCCAGGGUUCUCAUGGAGCUCCCUCACCUUCCUGAGCUGUGCUGUGGUGUGCUGGCCAUGGACCACAACCUGUGGGCUGACAUCAGGGCUGCCCUGUCCCCAUGGACCUGCCUGGUGGUCACCUAGACCUGCUGAGUCUCUGUGGGAGCUGCUGGCCUUCUCUGUGCCCAAUGCAUGGGGACACACGCCUCAUGACCUCCUCUGUGAGGCUUACGGACCCGAAGGCCUCCAAGAUGUGCUCUGGAGGCUGCAGGUAAACAUCUCAGCCUGGUGAUGUUCACAGGUGACUUCCCCAUCUGUCUGGAAGCCCCAACGCCUCCUUGCAGCCAGUCAGUAGCCUCUCUGGUCCCCACCUCUACAACGGCAAGGUGAGCCCCAGAGACGUUCGGAUUGACUUGUUCCUUGGGGCAAGAAACGGGGCCCAGCCAAGCUCAGUGACCCCAGACCCUUCCCUAUGUCUCCUGGUUCCUUCUUGAGACAGCAAUCCUGACCCACUCUCCUUCCAACACUGUGCUGAGGUGACCACAGCACCUGCAGACCCUGCCUGGACAGCAGCAAGGAUCUAGGCUUCAGGUUGGCUUCACCACGGCUCUUCUCAUUGGCUUCCCGAUGGGAACUGGGUGCUGAUCUUCCAGGUGGGGGGCGAGCGGUUGACCCCACAUUGCCCCAUUUCUCCCCCAGGCUGUGGGGUCGCCCCGUGCUGUGGGGUCACCUCGGUUCGUGGUUCUGGGGGGCCGGGGGCCUCCUGCCCACACUCACCGGACUGGUUUAGCAAGAGGAGGGGCAGCCGCCUGCUUUGAAGGGCUCCCUGGAAAGGUUCGAUGGCCGCAGGAGAAAGGAGAAGGCAGGAGAGGUGGUUUUGGGUUUCAGCGGGGGAGCGGGCAGCCCUGCAGAGCUUUGUCUGCUGCUGGUGGAGAAAAGGAACCCGGGGGAUCCUCCUGCGUGGGGCUCCCCACAGCCUCUGAGCCAGAACAGCUGCACCCGAGGGGAGGUGAAUGUGGGGAGGAUUGGGGACCGUGCAGAGAGGUGGGCGCUGCCCUCAGCUGCGGUUUGGGGAUGCUCAGCCCCCGGGUAGAGCUGUGCACCAGGAGACCUCCGUGCCUGGGAGAAGGGGCAGGAGCCCUCGCACUGCAAGGGCAGAGCUCUGCCUGCUGGGGGAACGGGGCCGCAGGGGAAACGGGUUGGGGCUUUUUUGGCUAGAGAGGCAAUCUGUAUUCCUGUGUUUUCCAGUUUUGGGCACUCCUGAUAUUUUUUUUUUUCUUUGCCCUCCUUAAAAAGGGAUGACUUCAAAAACAACCUGGCCGUAAUUGCAAAAGAAAAAGGAAUCCACAAAAAAGACAAACGUGAACUGGGCAUAAUUGCAAAAAAAAGCCAAAACAUAAAACACCAACCCAAACCAAACAAGGCAUAAUUACGAGAAAUCCUGGGUGUGAUCGCUUGGCCUUUCCGUCAGAGCUCAGGAGGAAAGCUCUGUGCCCUCACACUCGCACCUUUAAAACUUUUUUAAGACACUGUUUAAAGCUUCGAACGAAA